AAUAUUGGUUUCGUGUGGCUCGUGUUCAAGUAGUAGACGCUUAGAAGGUUUCUUGUUGCCUAAAACACCUUCGCUUCCUCUUAUAAAUUAUAUUAAACCUAUAAAUUUCUUUGCUUGAAAUCGACCCUUUUCUCUUGAUCAAUCAAUCAAUUAAGGGUUUUGUUUUUAGUUGAAACCCUAAUUUCUCAAAGCCUCCUCCUUGUUUCUUGUCGGCGGAUAAUCAGGGAUCGAGUCUUGCAAUGGCGAAAAGUUCCUUUAAGCUUGACUAUCCAUUGGAAAGGAGGCAAGAUGAAGCUGCUCGCAUCAGGGCUAAAUAUCCAGACAGAGUUCCUGUUAUUGUUGAGAAAGCUGAAAGGAGUGACAUUCCGGAUAUUGAUAAAAAGAAGUAUCUUGUUCCUGCUGAUUUGACUGUGGGUCAAUUUGUUUAUGUUGUCCGUAAAAGGAUUAAGCUUAGUGCUGAGAAAGCUAUAUUUGUCUUUGUGAAGAACACUCUUCCUCCUACCGCUGCCUUGAUGUCUGCAAUUUAUGAGGAAAACAAGGAUGAAGAUGGUUUUCUUUAUAUGACUUACAGUGGAGAAAACACAUUUGGUUCCCCUUCACUUCAAGCAUAAUGCUAUCACUCUAUGUAAAUAGCUAAAGUGGAAGGUGUAAAUUCUCGGUGGUGCUAAUUAUUCCCAAUGCUUUGCUCUUGACAAUGACGAUUUUAUUAUUAUCUGAACUUUCAAUUUUAUUUUCUAUAAAUUAAAUGGCUGAAUCCAACUUCAGCAGCGAUUCAUAA